CAGAUAUGCCAUUCGCACCCGCUCAGCUCUGACUUUUCAUUGGGGUUGAAUGCAAACGGUGUGAUGACAUUGCGUGAAAGCGCCAAAAGAGAACACAGCACGCACACCACCAGUUUUCGGUGUCGGCAUGGCACACAUGGCAGAGUCAAUGGCAGUCAGUCUGUUCAGUUGGAGCGCGUUUACCGAUUGUGGCGGUUUUGGGAGCGGCAAUUUAGAUAAAUUCAGUGCGGCAAUUAUCGUCAGUGAUUGUAAAAUGUUACUCAAUGAUAAAACUUAAUAUUCUGUGGAAAACUUAAUAUUCUGUGAAAAAUUUAUAAAAUGUACAAUAAUUAAAAGAGAAAUGUAAUAAAAGAACACACAACUUAUGUACUUUAUAUAUGUAAAUACGUACACACACAUACAUAUGUACAUAUGUAUUUGCAAAUCCGAAACCACUUCGGUAGUUGUCCAUUAGUUCAGUUCUUGAUGCGAGCUCCAGCUGAACGGUUGUAAGACUAAACAACAAACAAAUAUUCGAAAAUUUGUUACACACAUACAAAUAAAUAAUUGCUAAAACGUGGUUUUAUAACGAAAAAAUCUUUAAAAAAAAGUUAAAUGAAUACUUAAAAAAAAUAAUCAGCACAAAAAGUUCAACAAGCGGCUAAAAAAAUUUAAAGCGUGACACAAAAAUAUUACAAAAUUUCGUAAAAAAGUGCAAAAUAAGCAUAAGCUAAAAACCAGCAUUUAUAAAAAAAACACCAAAUUUUAUUAAAUUAAAAAAACACAUUAAAAUGACAGAACGUUAUGCCAACGGUGUUACCACAAGUUUAGUGCAUAAUUCGCCACCUGUUGCAAGCAAUGGUAGCGCGGCCGCCACCGACGCCGCUGCCACGCUUAACGGCCAAGGAAAUGGCAAUGCGGCAAUGCCAGAAUCUGACGACGGCGAUAAAAUCGUAUUGAAACGCAAACUGACGCUAAUGAACGGUGUGGCUAUCAUUGUGGGCACUAUUAUCGGUUCCGGAAUAUUUAUAGCGCCAACAGGUGUCUUCAACUAUACAGAAUCGGUGGGCUCGUCUCUGCUCAUUUGGGCUGCUUGCGGCAUACUCUCGACGAUCGGCGCGCUUUGCUAUGCUGAGUUGGGUACGAGCAUCACACGUUCGGGUGGCGAUUAUGCUUAUUUGUUGGUGGCAUUUGGACCGCUAGUAGGCUUUUUGAGAUUAUGGAUAGCUUUGUUAAUCAUUAGACCAACAACACAGACAAUUGUCGCGUUGACUUUCGCGCAAUACGCGGCAAAACCAUUUUUCGAAGACUGUUCACCGCCCGAAUCGGCUGUAAAGAUUUUAGCGGCAAUUUGUUUGUGUUUGCUCACUGCCAUUAACUGCUUAUCCGUGAAAUGGUCGAUGAAAGUUCAGGACAUCUUUACCGCCGGCAAACUAUUGGCCUUGGUCAUGAUCAUUUUAGCUGGUCUCUACUAUUUGGCGUUGGGUCGCUUCGAGAAUUUCGAAAACGCCUGGGAGGGCAAUUAUGAUGCGGGCAAUAUUGGGUUCGCUUUUUACUCGGGUCUUUUCGCAUUCGGUGGCUGGAAUUACUUGAAUUUCGUAACGGAGGAGUUGCAGGAUCCGUACAAGAAUCUCCCACGCGCUAUUUGGAUUGCUAUGCCCCUAGUCACCGGUAUUUAUGUGCUUGUGAAUCUCGCCUACUUUGUGGUGGUCUCGAAAACGGAAAUGCUCAGCUCACUGGCAGUGGCGGUCACGUUCGGUAAUCGCGUAUUCGGACCGCUCGCCUUCAUGGUGCCGAUAUUUGUAGCGCUUAGCACAUUCGGUGGCGUUAACGGUGUGCUCUUCACAUCGGCACGUCUCUUCGCGACGGGUGCACAAGAGGGUCAUCUACCCAAAUUCUUUACACUAUUCCACAUUAAACAACAAACGCCCAUACCAUCACUGAUAUUCUCGUGCAUCAUGUCGCUAUUGACACUACUCACUGCCAAUGUUUACGUUUUGAUAAAUUACUUCAGUGCCAUGUUAUGGCUGUCGGUGGUCGCCAGCAUAGCCGGCAUGCUCUGGAUGCGUCACACGAAACCGAACAUUCCGCGACCUAUUCGCGUACACCUGGCACUGCCAAUAAUCUUCAUUAUAUGCUGCCUAACGCUGGUGCUCUUGCCUAGCUUCAAGGAUCCGAUGAAUCUCAUUAUUGGUAUUGGCAUAACUGUUGCUGGUAUACCGUUUUAUUAUCUAUGCAUAGCGCGUAAGAAUAAACCAGCUUGUUAUGGUAGACUCUCACGUGGUAUGGUGAAUUUCUGCAGAGCCAUGUUCAAUACGGAGCUCAUAGAGAGUAGUGAAAGUGACGAGAAGUAAAUUUAAAAGCAGCGAAGGCUUUAUGAAAUAUAAAAUUUUGUAGGCUUUAAUUUUUAGUAAAUAUUAAAUUAAAUAAACUCAGCGCUAAACAGGUUAUGUUUUAGGUUAAAGCAAGUACAUAUUUAAAUAAUUAUGUAAGUACGAAAUGUUUCAUACGCGUAUUAUUUCAUUUUAUAGCGAAAAGUAUUGUAUUUAUUUCAUUAAAAUAAUUUUAAAAUUUAUUUUACAAGUUAAAGCUAAAGUUCAUGUAUUUAAAUCACACUCGCACUUACACAAGUAUAUUUAGAAUAAACUUGUAAAUAUGUAUGUACGUUUGCAGACCCACAAUAGAUGUAUGUACAUAUGUAUAUGUCCAAUUCGGUUUAAAAGUUUAAAGAAAAAUUAUAGGAAUAUAAAAGUUGUUAGUGCUUUUAGUUAGUAAACAUUAUAUAUGAAGCUUCUAAAGAAAAAAACCGCAAUAAUAUUAUUAUUACCAUUUUUAAUACGAUUUUUUUUAUUUUCCGUUAUUAAAAAAGAAUUUGGGAGACUGGAGAUAUAGCGAUAACCUUUGGUAAAAAUUGUUUAGGAGACAGGAGACAUACGGUUAUCCUUUUUCGGCGCUUCCUACAGCUUUUGACAUAAAUCAAACACAAAAUUUUCUCAAAAGUGUGAAUAAUUUGUUAAUUGACUAAAUUAAGAGGCUCUCUUAUAUAACUAUUAGGCUAAGUACAUAGUGAAGCCACACAAUAGAUACUAUUAUAUGUGAAAAACAUACACAAAUUUAGUUAAAUAAUAUAAUUUAAAUAAGUUUUUUUUACCAAACGAAUACAAUAUUUUAAAAUUGUGUAUAUGUAAAAAUUAGAAGUCAAACGGUAAAACAUUUUUUUUUUAAGAAAAAGUAGAAAAGAAGAAACGUAUAUUAUUGAGACUAUGUUUUUUAAAAAGAAAGAAAAAAAACAUUUUUGGAUAUUAAAAGUAAUGAACUUUUUUCGAGAGAUUAAGUUAUGAAAAAGAUGUCUAUGUUUUUCAAAAUUAGCAUCCACAAUCAAAAAAUUUGCUUUCGAAGUUCUAAAUAAGGCUGAAUGACUUCGAAUCAAAAUAUUUGUCUCUGAAGUUCUAAAUUAGGCUUAUUGACUUCGAAAAACGGUAACAUUACUUCUUUACUUAUGACUCAAUCUUUCGAAAAAAUGGUUUGGUUCAAUACAGAGUGUUUUACAAUGUAAAUAUUGUUAAUAUUUCAAUAUUUAAUAGUUCAAAAUUGUUCAUUUAUAACACUUUAUUAAAUUAAGAUUUUUUAAAAACAAAUUUUAAUUUUUUUUUUAAUAUUUUUGAAUUUUAUUUUCAUUUUUUUUUAAAUACUUUUGAUUAUUUUUUCAAAAAUUUGCCAUUUAGACCAUACCUAUAAAAAUACCAAUAUUAAUAGUUAUUAUAAUAUAUAUUUUUUUUUACUUGGCAACUUUACUUUGCUUUUACCGCUGCUAUGAGCUCAGCCUUGGAUUGCAAUGUUUGUAAUUAUUCUUCAUGAAAUUAAAAAAAAAACUAAAUUUUCUUCAAAUUAACCAUAAAAUAUGAUUUUUUUAAUAUUUAUGUAAAAUUUUAUUAUUAAAUUUGCUUGGAUAGCUACCGAGCUUCUUUGCAUUAAGCCUUUUUAGCUUUAAAAGACGCAACGAAAUAACUAUGACAUUUUAGGGAAUAAUGCCUUAAACGAUAUUAAAGCAUGCAAUGCAGCAUUAUAUAUGUACCAUAUGUAUGUAUAUACAUAGGUUAGUUGAAAUAGAAAUGAGAUAGUAGCACAGUUAUCUGAUAAGCGAGUUGCAAAAGAAUAUUCGCCAAAAACGUAAUGCAAAGCAAUAAAACAAAUUUGGUUUUUCUUGGAGUAUAGUGAGCU